ACGCCCACUGCUGGCUUAAAUAGGCAAAUGUUGCGCAGAUUCGUCCUUGUUGACUGGAAACGUCUCUUAUUUGUUAGACCUCAUCACCCCAGGUUUAUAAUUUAUACAUUGUUUGGUUAGUCAGCAACAUGCCUUUGAAAUUUGAGCUGUGCCCAGGUAGGAUGAUUGGAGGGGAUCAUCCAUGUUUUGUUAUUGCUGAAAUUGGACAAAACCACCAAGGAGACAUUGAGAUAGCCAAGAAAAUGAUCAAAAUGGCAAAGGACUGUGGUGCUGAUUGUGCCAAAUUCCAGAAGAGUGAGCUGCAGUACAAGUUCAACAAACGUGCUUUGGAGCGUCCUUACAAGACCAAAAACUCAUGGGGGGAAACCUAUGGUGACCACAAGCGCUAUCUGGAGUUCAGCCAUGGACAGUUCAGGGAGCUGCAGAAAUACGCAAAGGAAGUGGGAAUCUUCUUUACUGCCUCGGGAAUGGAUGAAAUGGCGGUAGAGUUCCUCGAUGAGAUAAAUGUGCCUUUCUUCAAAGUGGGCUCAGGAGACACCAACAACUUUCCUUAUCUGGAAAAGGCUGCCAAGAAAGGACGUCCCAUGGUGGUGUCCAGUGGCAUGCAGUCCAUCGAGACGAUGCGUGAAGUGUACAAGACUGUGAAGAAGCACAACCAAAACUUUGUCUUCCUGCAGUGCACCAGCACGUACCCUCUUGACCCUGAGGAUGUUCACCUCAGAGUGAUCACAGAAUUCCAGAAGGAGUUCCCCGAUAUCCCCAUCGGGUACUCUGGCCAUGAGCCUGGAAUCAGUAUUUCAGUCGCGGCUGUUGCUCUGGGCGCAAAGGUUGUAGAGCGCCACGUGACACUGGACAAGACUUGGAGGGGGAGUGAUCAUGCAGGAUCUCUGGAGCCCACUGAACUGGCUGAGAUGAUUCAUUCUAUCCGACUGGUGGAGAAAGCACUUGGAAGUGGCCUUAAGAAGAGGUUGCCCUGCGAGGAGCCAUUUCACAGAAAGCUGGGAAAGUCUGUCGUGGCAAAGGUGAAGAUCCCCAAAGGAGCUGUCCUCAGUCUGGACAUGUUGGCGGUGAAGGUGGCCGAACCAAUGGGUGUCGCAGCUGAAGAUAUCUUCCAGCUGGUUGGCAAAGUUGUAAAUGAGGAUGUUGGUGAAGAUGAGAGCAUCAUACCAGAAGUAGUGGAUGGCCUGUAGCCAUUUUCUAAAAUGUGAUCAUUUUGUUCAAUCUGGAGAAAUUCUUCUACAGAGUAACACACAAUCAGUUAUUAUAUUAAUUAUCCCCAAAUGAAUACUGUGGAAUGUACGGAUUUCCUUUGUGUCGAGGCACAGUCAGAUUCUAUACAAAAUCAUGUGUUGUUUUGCUCAUCUUAAAUUAUAAAU